AGCAGCGUUUUGGCUCCUCCUCUCAAGAAUUUCUGGAUUUUUGGUCCCCAGUUCCUGCACAAACAUGAACGAGCUUAGAAAACUAAAGCGUGGAAUCAGCACCAAGCGUGGAGGCGACCACCUCGUCCUCCAACAUAGCCCAAUUCCGCUUGAUGAAUGGGAGGAGCAACAGCGAUAUUGGCCUUCACCACUGCUGGCGCCCCUGGUGAGCCCAUCGCCACGGGCACCGCUGGUGAGCCCUUCACUGAGGACGCUGCAGGUGGGCCCUUCACCACAGGCGCCGCCGGUGAGCCCCACAGGGACACCGCGGACCCCUGGCGGAAGCCAGAAGAAGCCGGUGCUGGGCAAGGUAAAGAGCAAGGCUAAGAAAUGGAUGCACCUUCUGCAUCACAAGAAGAAGCCCGCGCAUGAGGAGAUGAUGAUGUGGACGCCACGGAUCGGGCCCAGCUUGGACGACAACUACGGCACGGGCCCAUCACUACAAAAUGCCGAAGAGCACCUUGGAACCCCAAGCACAGCACUACACCCACCUUCAUUUGCUGAGUUGGCGGACGAACCUGAGGUGUACGUGGAAGCAUCGUCAAGGCAGAAUACGCCAGCACCGAGCCCCAAUGCACGCCAGGAACAACCAUACUUCAAGGUCAGCAGCAGGUUCGAGUCAGAAAUGAAGGAAGCCAAUGAAAUGCUGAUGGAAUCAAAGCAGCUCCGUGUCAAGACAUCCAAGCAGAAGACUGUGACAUUUGCACCAAUAUUAGAAUGCGGGUCAGAAAAUGAAAACAAAGGCUGGAGCAACCAGGAAAUGUCUGAAGUAGCAACUGAUAUAUUCAGAAAUGCAUUUGCUACAAUAUAUCAAGCUGCCCUCCAGAUGGUCUCGAGAAUCCAAGACACAAUGGUAUCAUAUAACAUCGACAGAAGGCACAUGGUAAAGAAGCUAAUAUCAGUCUAUAGAUACCUUAUGUUGAAGCUGGAGCCCGGAGAAGAUGAUAAAGUCCUCGCAGAAGCUAUUACCGAGGCUGUCCUAAAUUUGUUAGAUGCCUGGAGCGAGAAUGUUGAAAGGCCUUUGAUGCAGAGGGCAAAGGAAAUAUCUUCUUGGUUCCAGCAAGAAGGGAGAGAAGAAUUACCUCCUAUUCCACUGUCUACACAUCCCUCUGCUUAUGAAGAUGCAGAAGAGUUUUAUUCAUUAGAGAAUUAACCACUGCUUGACGCAAGAGACCAAGACAUUAUGACACGGCAUCAGUAGAGAGUUGUUCACCUUACAAUAUCUAGACGCUGGAGGCGAAGAUGAAGAGCAUGCCCCAAGUAUACUUUGUUCAUAGAAUUAACAGUACAGUAAGAACGUCUUGCAUGUUAACCAAAAGGACGUUUCUGCAGCUUUGUACAAGAAACAAAAUUUAAAAAGACUGCAAUCUUGAUUGAGUUUCUCUUCGGAUAAACCUCAGUACCAUGAUUGUGUCAGAGAUUUACAUUUUCAAUUAUCAGGAACCACAACAUUGCAGCAUUGGAAAAGAAUCAGAAAUCCUCAAGUGUAGAGAUAUUUAUGGAAACAUCCUCAAGUGUAGAGAUAUUUAUGGAAACAGGCAUAUCUCAUGCCUGUAAAUAAGAAACUGCAACACUCAUUUCACACUUAAUUUGGACACAGCCACAUAUAUGUAGGCGCAAGAAAAUACACGUGUCAAUUUUGGACAAUAAAAAGCGAGCUUCUCUUCAGAAUAUAUUCAUUCAGAUUACAAAAGUACCGAGUUACAUGAUUGUUUGGUCUUGCAACAAUUCACCGGUACAUCCAUACAUAUAUGACCUCUCAACUCUUUAACAGAAACUAUGA